CACCAGCCUAAUCGUCGCGUUCGUCAAUUCGCUUCCACCAUGAAGUCCCUGAGUUACAGCCUUGCGAUUGCAUCGCUUUCUAACACCAUCGCUGCGAAGCUUCUGCCUUCAAACAACAGUACACCGCCGCUCGAUGUGCGGGACAUUUCAGCGCGGAGUCGCAACCUGCUCGCGCGCCAAAGCUAUGAUUAUUGCGGCACGACUUCGUACUACUGCAUCAAUUCCAACUGCUGCGGCAUAACCGUGUUCAACUGCAUGGACCCAGGCGGCGAAUGCUGCGCCGACCUCUCCGAGUACGGCUACGGGCUGUGGUGCACCGCCGGCACAACAUGCGUAAUCGAGAACGGACUUGUGCAAUGCCAGGACGAGAGCGGGGACGUCUUUUCCGCAGAUUCUUCGGCGGCUGAGAUACCGACGGCGACGGCCACGGGUAGUGAUGAGCCGUUUGAGACGGGUGGUAGUAGCAGUGGUGGGAGCAGUGGAAGUAGCGGCAGCAGGACGAAGACCAAGAAGAAGAGCAAGGCUUGGAUCGCGGCUGCUGUCAUCGUGCCGCUGAUCGGCAUCGCUGUCAUUGCUGGCAUCGUGUUUUUCCUCUUCAUGUUGAGGAAGAAGAAGAGGGCCAAUGCCAACGCCAGUGCCGUCCCAAACUUCAACCAGCAAGGUGGCGGCCCAGGGAAUCCGCCGGCCAUGACACAGCAACAGCCAGUCAUGUCAGGCCCACCGCCCGCUACGCCCGCGCCGCAGAUGGGAAUGUCACCUAUGCCGCAGCACGCGACUCCUGCUCAAAAUCCCGACCUUAAGACUCCGGCGUAUACACAGCAGUAUGAGGUACCCUCGCCGGUUAGCAGCCCGCCUCCUCAGUGGACGCCGGCCAGUCCCGCUCCGACGACUGCGCAGCCCGUAGUCUACGCAUAUCAGCAGGGGGCAGCCCCUGAACUCCAUGGCCAGGCGAUUACGAGUCCAGUUUCGCCGAUGAAUACGGGGAACGGAGGUGGAUAUACUCCGCCGAUGCAGCAGUCCCGGCCUGUCUAUCCGAAUGCGAUGGAAAUGCCAGCAGCGCAGGCGCCGAGACAAGGUGCGCAAGAACUCCAGUAGGCCAGGUCGGUCUGCUUGGUUGGCGUUCGGAUUUUCUGUUGUUGCCAUAGAUGCUUUUCUCGAAUCCAAAUCUAGGCUCUUCGUCCCACGGCGCCCUCCAUGUCGAAGGAUUGGGUGUGAGAACUUCACUUCGAGUAAAUUAAUCGCUGGGCUUACCCACCACGAC